CGCUGUCCGUGUUCAUUAUCGAACCAACACAUUAGAAAUACAGAUCCCUCUCCUCUCAGUGGCUUCAAGCUCCGAUCCCAGACUAUUCAUCGAAAAUGCAGGCAGCCAUAUUUCUUACACCAUCAAUUCUCCCUCUUGUAACACCUAACAAAAGUUUAGCUUCGGCAAGGAGGGUCGUCCCAAGGUUACAGACCUCCAAAUGUUCCCCGAUCAAAGCAAGUGCUCCAGUGGCAAACGACACUUCAACAAUUGAUUACAGCUCCUUUACCUCUGUUUUUCCAGCUGAGGCUUGUGAGACAAUAGGAGGAGAAGCUUGUAAUGUUGAGAUGUAUCCUGAAGUGAAGCUCAAACCAGAUGCCAGAAGUACCACUCCCAGCACUUCAGAGCAGAUUGAUAGAGAAUAUUUAGAGUACAACAGUGCCAAGACGGUAUUCCUAGACGAGGCUUGUGAUGAUCUCGGAGGAGAGUUCUGUGACCCUGGAUAUCAGGGAUGAGUUUAGCAGUAACAUCUUACCAAGAAAAACAAGGAAAAAGAAUGGAAUGUGUCACCUUUACGUUCUCGACUUCCUUUUCUUUCACUCGGGUGGCAUGGUUCUCUUGGUAGUGUACAUUAAGUUCUUGAAU